AUGUUUAUUGGCACCUGGUUGUGGCGUGGUGGCGUCACAGGCACCUCGUACCGGUGUUCGUUGGAGCCCCGAGGUCACUGCUACGCCUGGGCGCCUCGAUUACCUGGGCCCAGGCAACGGGCGGCAAGUCUGGCGCCUGCUAUCUGGUGCUGUCAGCAAAAUGAAGAACAGUACGCGGAGAGACGUAUGGAACCUGCCUGGCGAGCACGCCUCCGCUACGUGCCGCCCACUCGCUGCUUCCUCGUUGGCGCUGAGCUGAAAAGCGCGCGACUCGGCGGAGCGGCGAGCACGCGCAUCACCCUCGAGCAGUCUCUAGACGAGCUUGCAGAACUCUGCAGUACUGCUGGUAUGGAGGUUAUGGGACGAACUGUUCAGAAACUUACAGAGUUUCAGAGUCGCACAUUAAUCGGCAGCGGAAAAGUGCUGCAAGUACGCGCCAUGAUGCAAAGCGUAGGGGCCACUGCCUGCGUUUUCGAUGAGCAGCUGUCGCCGUCUCAACAGCGAGCACUGGAGGAAGCUUUCGGAGGCGAGCGCUCUGGGAUUCAGGUGCUCGAUCGAACUGCUGUGAUCCUCGACAUCUUCGCUCAACACGCGAUGAGCCGUGAGGGUGCUCUCCAGAUUGAGCUUGCCCUUCUCCAGUAUCGCUUGCCCAGGCUCACGCGCAUGUGGCAGCAUUUGGAAAGACAAAGCGGUGGGCUCGGUGUGGCCUUUCGUGGACCCGGCGAGACCCAGAUUGAGGUCGACCGGCGAAUCAUCGCGCAGCGUAUUGCGCGACUCCGACGCGAACUCGAAGGUAUUCGCCAGCAACGUCAACAACGGCGACGGCAGCGAGCAGCACAACAUCUGCCCUCGCUGGUACUCACCGGUUAUACUUCCAGUGGGAAGAGCACGCUUCUGAACGCACUGACCCAUGCUCGAGUGUUUGCGGAUCCGAUGCUGUUCUGUACGCUGGAUCCGACCACGCGACGGGCGGAAAUCCCAGGCCUGAAUGUGGCACCAGAGGUUUUAAUCACGGACUCGGUGGGAUUUAUUCAGAAACUGCCAACGGAGCUGAUUGCAGCAUUCCGCGCUACCCUUGAGGUCGUUGUCGAUGCUGAUAUUAUUUUACAUGUGAUUGACCGUUCGAGUCCAAGCUGGCGAGCACAAGCCGCGGUUGUCGAGGAUACGCUCAGCGAGCUUGGGGUCCUGCGAUCCAAGCCCCGCAUAGUCAUCUGGAACAAGAUGGAUUUGAUUGAGCAUGCGACUUCGGUACGACACCAGGCAGCGAUCCUUUCACGUCAGGAUCCGCCGGUGGUUCCAUUGUCGGCGCUCACGGGAGAGGGUCUCGACGACCUCAUGGAGUGCAUCAGUGACACGCUCCGCGACAUGUACAUUCCUGUUGAGUGCCUCAUUCCCUAUACUGAGGCGGCGCUUGCUUCCGAGGCGCUCUCACAUGGUUUGUGCGAUCACCAAGACUAUACGCCGCAUGGCAUCUACUUGAGCAUACGCGUUCCGCGCCGCUUAGCGAACCAGCUGCAAAAGUACAAAAUCCCGGAUGCGUUCGAGCGAUCGGUUUCAACCGGUGCGGAUACUGACUUUGUGCGGUAUCGUGGCAAGUUGCGGGGUGCUGGCGGCAUCCUCUGCCCCGGUGACAGCGAGACAGAGGGCCAUCACGGCGAUCUGGCCGAGCGAAGUCGCGAGGGACCCUAUGACGAUUCUGACUGGAGACGCUUAGCCCGUGGACGACACCGCCUCUGA